AGAAGAAGUCGCGGCGCUGUGUUUCCCGGAGAGAGUUAGGGAAACGUGGCCUUCUAACAGAGAGAGAGAGAGAGAGAGAGAUCUGCAGCAGCUUCAGGUUCCUCUCUGGUUCUAUCAGUGUUUCUGUACGUCACAGUUUUCCUCUCCGGUUCUGAUUCCGUAUCGCGAUGGCUGAUGUUGAGCAGGUUUCCGCUUUACCGCCGCUGGACGGCCUGAACAGCACCGACAACGGGACCGCCACCGUGAACGGGACCGCGGCUCGGUUCGUGGCUACAGCCGAGGGAACAGCGCUGGCGUACGGCAGCCUGGUGCUCAUGGCCCUGCUGCCUAUCUUCUUCGGCGCCCUGAGAUCCGUCAGCAGCUCCAAGAGCAAGAAUUCCUCAGACAUGCCUGAGACCAUCACUAGCAGAGACGCAGCUCGUUUCCCCAUCAUCGCCAGCUGUACACUCUUCGGUCUCUAUCUCUUCUUCAAGAUCUUCUCGCAGGAGUACAUCAACCUACUGUUAUCCAUGUACUUCUUCGUGCUGGGGAUUUUAGCUCUGUCACACACACUGAGUCCCUUAAUGAACAGGCUUCUUCCUGCCACUCUGCCGAGUAAACAGUACCAUCUGCUCUUCACUCAGGGCUCAGGAGAGACCAAAGAAGAAAUUGUAAAUUACGAGUUUGACACUAAGGACCUGGUCAGUUUGGGAAUCAGCAGCGUGGUGGGAGUGUGGUACAUCCUGAAGAAGCACUGGGUGGCUAAUAAUCUGUUCGGGUUGGCAUUUGCUCUGAAUGGAGUGGAGCUGCUUCACCUGAAUAACGUCAGUACUGGCUGCAUCCUGUUGGGGGGGCUGUUCAUCUACGACAUCUUCUGGGUGUUUGGAACCAACGUGAUGGUGACUGUGGCCAAGUCCUUUGAAGCUCCUAUUAAGUUGGUUUUCCCUCAGGACCUCCUGGAGAAAGGACUGAGUGCCAGUAACUUUGCCAUGCUGGGACUGGGAGACAUCGUUAUUCCAGGUAUCUUCAUCGCUCUGCUGCUGCGUUUUGAUGUCAGUUUGAAGAAAAACACACGUACGUAUUUCUACACCAGCUUCCUGGCCUAUAUCUUUGGCCUCGGCCUCACAAUCUUCGUAAUGCACACGUUUAAGCAUGCUCAGCCUGCUCUGCUCUACCUGGUCCCGGCGUGUCUGGGAUUCCCUCUGAUUGUGGCUCUGCUGAAAGGGGAACUGACCGAGAUGUUCAGGUAUGAAGAAGCUUCCCCUGAAUCAGAGGCAGCAGCUAAAGAAGAGAAAACAGAAUCCAACAAAGACAAAUGAAUCUGAAGACAAGCUUCACGUCUCUCUGUCACGUCCCCGUCCCUUUGUCACGUCUCUCCGUCACGUCAAGUCCCUCUGUCACGUCUCUCCGUCAAGUCUCUUUGUCACAUCCCUCCGUCAAGUCCCCGUCCCUCCGUCACGUCCCUCCGUCAUGUCUCUCUGUCACAUCCCUCUGUCACGUCCUCUUCCCUCCGUCACAUCCCUCUUUCACGUCCCUCCAUCACCACGGUCAUGUCUCUUUCGUUCGUUGAACGUGUGGACGUGUAAAUUCUCUCUAACCAGUUUAAAGACGAUUGCAUUUGUUUAUUUGUAGUUUAUAAAUGGUUGUAAAACAUGAUGUUCAACAGCUUUA